CUCUUCGUAUUCUCGAACACCACGAAACUCCCCAUUUCGAGUCAAACCCUCUACAGCAUUUCCAGAGUACCACGCUGAGUCUCUCGGUAUUUUUUGAUAGCAAGGAUUUGGCCACAUCAAUCGAGACAUCGCCCGCUCGCCAUGUCGAUGGAAAUCGACUCACACGUUCCUCUGGAGCAUCGACCUACAACGGCGGCGACGGUGCUCUGCUACAACUGUGGCGCUCCAAUCGACGGCACUCAAGCAGCAGGCGCGCUAUGUUCGGACUGCCUUAAGCUCACAAUCGACAUCACAUCCGGAAUCGAGCGAGAUGGUGUACUACACAUGUGCAGAGAUUGCGAUAGGUGGCAUGCUCCACCUGCGCAAUGGAUUGUGGCCGCUCCAGAGUCAAGAGAACUUUUAGCAUUGUGUUUGAAAAAGUUGAGAGGACUGAGCAAGACGAGGAUCAUAGAUGCGAGUUUCAUCUGGACUGAGCCGCACUCGAGGCGAAUUAAAGUCAAGAUCACAGUUCAGCAAGAGGCGCUGCAAGGGACGAUACUACAGCAGACAUUCGACGUGGAAUUUGUGCAGCAGUGGAAACAGUGCCCAGACUGCGCAAAGUCAUACACACACAACACAUGGCGGGCUGUGGUGCAAGUUCGGCAAAAGGUCCCACACAAGCGCACUUUCUUGUACCUAGAGCAGCUCAUCUUGAAGCAAGGCGCGCACAAGGAUACGAUCAACAUCAAGGAAGUGCAGAACGGAAUCGAUUUCUUCUUUGCGGAAAGAAACUCGGCUGAGAAGUUCUUGGACUUUUUGCAUUCCGUGGCGCCUGUCACCACGAAAAAGAGCCACGAACUCAUCUCCAUGGAUACGCACACCAGUAAGAAGAGCUAUAAGUUCUCCUUUUCAUGCGAAUUGGUUCCUAUAUGCAAGGACGACCUGGUAGCACUUCCAAUCUCAAUCGCGCGACAAAUCGGCAACAUCUCACCACUGACCCUUUGCUACCGAGUCGGCACCGCGGUGAACUUUCUCGAUCCGAAUACUCUUCAAACAGCAGAUCUCAGCACACCAAUUUACUGGCGAGCACCAUUUGCGCCUCUUGCGGAUGUGAAGGAUCUCGUCGAAUUUAUUGUCAUGGACAUUGAACCAGUAGGCCCAGUGAAAGGCCGAUAUCUCCUCGCUGAAGCCACGGUCGUGCGUGCGUCAGACACCAGCAACACCGAAUACCUCUGCAGGACACAUCUUGGCAGCAUCCUGCAUCCUGGCGACAGUGUCAUGGGAUAUCUCAUGACCGGCACUCAAUUUAACAACGAGAACUACGAAGCCAUCGAGGAAUCAAAACAAUACUCUGGCACAAUUCCCGAUGUUAUCCUCGUCAAGAAGAAAUUCGCCCAGCGAAAGAAGAACAAGAAGAACAACCGCAACUGGAAAUUACGACGAAUGGCCCGUGAAGAGUCUGAUAUGAAGGCCCGGAAACAGGAUCUGGAGCGUGAUGAGAUCGACUAUGAGCAGUUCUUGCAGGAUGUUGAGGCUGAUCCCGAGCUGAGGCAAGGACUCAACUUGUACAGGAAGCACCAGAAGAAGGAAGUCGAUGCUAUGAGUGAAAUGGAGACAGAUGAUGGGGAGGACGAUGAAGGGUUGACGAUACCUAUGGACCAGCUUAUUGACGAGAUGGAGGACAUGGGCAUGGAUGAUGAAGAGUAA